AUGCGCUCGGCUCCUCCACGGGCUCCUCACUCCGCGCUGGCCGGAGCACUCCGCCCGAUCGAGAAAGAGAGCCUCUGGCAUGAGAGGACUCACGGCGAGGUGUCUGCCGCAGACAGAGCGCGCCUUCUCGCUGCAGGUUUGGCAGAGGAUUUCGUUGCUCCUGUCGCCGCCCUGGAACGCUUUGUCGAAGACUGGUCCUUCGAUCUUGACGACCCUCUUACGCUUUCCCGCUUCCUCUUGGGCAAGCCGGAAAACCUGAUGGAAGCCAAGGAUCGUGUGACUCAGGCGAGAGACUGGAGGGCAAAGACCGACCUCCAGAGGAUCAUGCACGAGUGGGGUGUGCAGAAAGACAUGGUCUGGGACUGGGAGCCACAAACUGACAGGGCGAAGGCCUUGGCUCCUCACUUCUUUGGCCGAUGCAUAGCUGCACGGACAGCCUCUGGCGGUCCUGUGAUUGUGCUGCGGCUUGGAGAAUUUGACCUGGCAGGGGCGGUCAGAGAAGACAUGGUUGAUGACCUCAUGGACCCUUGGAUCUUUUUGAUUGAGCAAGCUUUUCAGGACUGCCGCUCAGUGUCAUUAUCAAGGCGAUCCCUGGUCAAGCUCUCUGCUAUCGUAGACGUGGAUGGAGUGAAUCUGUCGUGGCUCCAGCACAUGUCUGCUCUUCAGCAGUUUUCCCGUGCCAUCAACCGCAACUACCCGGAAAUGGCGGCGACGUUGACCAUUGUGCGGGCUCCCGUCAUCUUCUCCUGGCUUUGGCAAAUAUCGGCACCCCUUCUGCUAGAGGAUAUGACGAGGCGGAAGUUUGCCAUCCUGGGACACGACUUCGAAGCCGGCCUCGCGGAGCACGCGCAUGUGGACCUCCGGGACCUUCCCGGGUGCCUGCGAGGUCGCCGAUGCAGUGACACGGCGGGCUCAGAGGAGGCGCCGCCUCCUCUCUGCUUCUGCAGCGGUGCGCGGGCCGAGCUGCCCCCCAAUCGCCCUUGGCCGCGGCAAGCUGCGUCAGACGAAGUUCGGGAGGAGCCCAUCGCAACGAGAGAAGCGAGGGCAACGGCCGUUCGCGGAGCUGCAAGUCUCUGGCACAGAUGGCUCUGCAAUCUCUGCAUAUCUCCACCCUGCUUUCUUGGGGUAUUGUUGAGCCGCCAGAGUCUGUAG